CCCCCUGAGUGCUGGUGGGAUAUCCCCGUGACAGCUGCUGCUGCCCCUUACCGGGGCCCUAGCUAACAGCACCCCCGCUCUGAUCAUCACUGCACGCAGCAGAGCGGGGAGCCCGUUAGGCCAAGUAACUCAAGAUGAAAAGCAAUGAUAAUGGCAAUACCAAAGCCACUCACAGAUGCCCCCAUCCUCCAGGGACCGUGCUUCUGGAAGAAAAAGAGGAGAAAAGUAUAUCCUUACAGACCAAAGUAGUAGAAAAAUUAAAGAAAACAUGUAGUUGUUCCCCCAAUAAAGCUAAAGACAUGCUCUUCAGUUUCCUGCCUGUGCUGCAAUGGCUGCCCCAAUACAAACUAAAAGAAAAUAUAUUGGGCGAUGCCAUGUCUGGCCUUAUUGUUGGCAUCCUUUUGGUUCCACAAUCUAUUGCCUAUUCACUUUUGGCUAGCCAGGAACCUAUCUAUGGCCUUUACACCUCCUUCUUUGCCUGCAUUAUUUAUUUCUUAAUGGGAACAUCUAAACAUAUUCAUGUUGGAAUAUUCGGAGUACUAUGUUUGAUGGUUGGUGAAGUUGUGGACCGGGAACUUCAAGCCGCAGGGUACGACAUACUGGAGAACCAAGGAAGCGAGUCUUCAAUUGAUGCUUUAGUAGGCAACCAAACACUUGAUGUUAACCAGACUUUAAGAAUGACGUGUGACAGAAGCUGCUAUGCAAUAACAGUAGGAGUCACCGUUACAUUCAUGGCCGGAGUUUAUCAGGUGUUAAUGGGAUUCUUACAAGUUGGCUUUGUUUCCGUGUAUCUCUCUGACUCUUUGCUCAGUGGCUUUGCAACAGGUGCGUCUUUCACAAUCCUCACAUCCCAAAUCAAAUAUCUUUUAGGUUUAAGUAUACCACGCGCCAAUGGCAUUGGCUCUUCCGUCUACACCUGGAUCUAUAUUUUCCAGAAAAUUCACUUGACCAACAUUUGUGAUCUUGUUACCAGCAUUGUGUGCCUCCUAGUACUAAUCCCAACCAAAGAACUCAAUGAAUGUUUCAAGUCUAAGCUUAAAGCCCCAAUACCUGUUGAACUCUUUGUAGUGGUUGGCGCAACUCUUGCCUCUCACUUUGGCCAUCUCAAAGAGAAAUAUGGCUCCAGUAUUGCAGGGGAAAUUCCUACUGGGUUUCUUAUGCCAAAACCACCAGAAUGGAGCCUAAUUCCCAACAUUGCCUUGGGGGCUUUGUCCAUUGCGAUUAUAGGAUUUGCCAUCACUGUCUCACUCUCUGAGAUGUUUGCCAAGAAACAUGGGUAUGAGGUGAAGGCCAAUCAGGAAAUGUAUGCCAUUGGAUUUUGCAACAUUAUCCCAUCAUUUUUCCAUUGCUUCACCACAAGUGCUGCUCUGGCAAAAACACUAGUGAAGGAAUCGACAGGUUGCAAAACUCAAAUCUCAGGAAUCAUGACCUCUCUAGUCAUUUUGUUGGUUCUGCUGGUGAUUGCUCCUCUCUUUUACUCGCUUCAGAAAUGUGUUCUUGGUGUUGUAACCAUAGUGAAUUUAAGAGGUGCCCUCAGAAAAUUUUUAGACCUUCCCAGAAUGUGGAGAGUAAAUAAAGUAGACACUGCCAUUUGGUUGGUUACCAUGUUUUCAUCAGCAUUAAUUAGUACAGAACUUGGACUUUUGAGUGGCAUAGCUUUUUCUAUGUUCUGCGUUAUUGUAAGAUCUCAAAAACCUGGGUCAACACUGUUAGGAAGAGUGGAGGCCUCAGAGGUGUAUGAGUCCAUGACUAUAUAUAAGGAUCUAAAUACCACAAAAGGCAUUAAGGUUUUUCGGUUUGAAGCCCCCAUCUACUAUGUGAAUAAGCAAUGCUUUAAAUCAACCUUGUAUAAACUGUCUGGUGUGGACCCAGUAUCUGUGGCAUCAGCAAAACGAAAGGCAGCAAAGAAGAAAGAGAUGCUGCAGAAACAGGAGAGCAUCAAAGAAACCAAUAUCAUUGAGCUGGAAACUGUACAGUGGAUGUAUAAGGAGCCAGUGUCUCUGCAUUCCAUAGUCAUUGACUGCAGUGCCAUUCAGUUUAUAGAUACAGCGGGAUUAAUUACCUUGAAAGAGAUCUUGAAGGAUUAUAAUGACAUCGGUAUUCGUGUCUUAUUGGCUCAGUGCAAUAAGUCUGUGAGGAAUUCCCUUAGGAAUGGGGACUUUUUUAAGAAGGAAGAAGGCACUGUGGUGUUUUAUAGCAUCCAUCAAGCUGUGCAGUUUGCACUAUACGAGCAGGAGCAAGAAGAUGCUUGUGUUAAUGGGUCUGCAGUUUAAAGGAUGGAAGUUACAGUUAACCUGAUUGCACAUGAUUAUAAAUCUACAAUUAUACAAAUGCACUAUAGAAGUGUGCAGUCUGGAAUUGCUCACAAUCCUAUAAAACAGAUAUUUAUGUAUAAAACAGGAUAACAUUAAUCUAUAAUGGAAGUUUAUUCAUGUUCUCAACAGUAUAGGACACAAGAUGGUAUUCUCAGCAGGAAGGGUUUAUAUACAAAUUAUGGUAGAUUAAGUUAUGUGAUUUACCGCUCUUUUUAUCUGUUAAUUUACCAAAAAUAUGACUGUACAUGUUUGAUUUCUCUACACACACUACUGUUUGAUCCUUCUGCCAGUUUGAUGAACUUCCAGAUAGGUGGCCAAUUGGCAACAUUACCAGAUUGUUUUGGUCAGGCAGAACUAUCAUUUGAGAAUCACAUAUGGUAUGUUAUUAUAGCAAUUUGUUCAGAUGCAACCAAAUUGGUCUACAAGAUAGUAGUGUAUGUGGUUACAUUUAUUCUGGCUUUUAACUCAGGAUUUUAUAGAUAACAGUAUAUUUAAUAUCACUUUAUUUUUUAUUUAUAUUGUAAAGUGCACUUAAAUUGAUUGAAUUUCAUGAAGAAAAUUGUUGUGCCGUACGUUACUUUAGGGAUUUUUAAAGAGGCCAGGCAUUUUAUUAUGUAGUAUAGCUAUAGAAAGAUUGCACUAACUGUGUAAAUUUAGUACAGCAGCUGCUGUAACGCAAUACAGUAAAUUCAGCUCAGGAAAGAUCACACAACCAGCUUAGACCCAAUAAUUGUAAUUUGUUAUCUAACCAUACAGUGGUGCUUGAAAGUUUGUGAACCCUUCAGAAUUUUCUAUAUUUCUGAUGAAAUUUGGCCUAAAACUACCUCAGAUUUUUAUACAAGUCCUAAAAGUAAAUAAAGAGAACCAAAUCAAACAAAUGAGACAAAAAAAUAGACAUGUUAAUUUUUUUUACUGGGAAAAUUAGCUGCGAGUGGCAAAAGUCUGCGAACCUUUAGGCUUAGCAGAUAUUUUGAAGGUGAAAUUAGAGUCAGAUAUUUUCAAUCUAUGGGAUGACAAUCUGGUAUGAGUAGACAACCCGUCUUUUAAAAAAAAACAGGGAUCUAUCAAAGUCUGAUGUUUACAACAUGUUUGUGGAAGUUUAACAUGCAAUGAACAAAGGAGAUUUCUGAGGACCUCAUCAGGCUGGAACAGGUUACAAAACCAUAUCUAAAGAGUUUAGACUCCAGCAGUGAACAGUCAGACAGAUUGUGUAAAAAUGGAGUUAAUUCCAGACCAGGAAAUACCCUCCCCAGCAGUGGUCGACCAACAAAGAUCAUGCAAAGAGCAAGGUGUCUAAUAGUUUGCAAUGUCACCUCUAAGCAACUGAAGGCCACUCUAAAUGGUGUGCAUGGCAGGAAUGCAAGAAGAAAACUGCUGCUCUUCAAAAAGAACAUCACUGCCCAUCUGCAGUUUGCUAAAGAUCACCUGGACAAGCUUGAAGGCUAUUGGAACAAUUUUUUGUGGAUAGAUGAAUCCAUAAUAGAUUUUAUUGCAGAGGUUCCCAAACUGUGUGCCAUGGCUCCCUGGGGUGCCUCGGGACACUUGCAGGGGUGCCCUGGGUUGGUGGUCCAGGACCAAUUCAAAUUAUUCAUGGUCAAUAUAAUAGGCAAAACCAGUGCUGGUGGCUACCAGUCAUAACAUAUGUGGCCAAACAGAAGCAAAUCUUGUCCCUCACCACACAACUGACCCUAAGGAUGACAUAUAAACGCGAUCUACUUAAUGUAAUAUUUCUUUCUUAAUUUCUCAAUAAGAAAUUUUUGGCCUAGGGGUGCUGUGAAAAAAAUUCUGAUAUUCUAGGGCGCCGUGUUUUAAAAAAGUUUGGAAACCACUGUUUUAUUAGAUUAAAUGAGAAGCGUUAUGUUUGGAGAAAGGAGAACACUGCAUUCCAGCAUAAAAAACCUCAUACCAUCUGUGAAACACGAUGGCGGUGGUAUCAUAGUUUAGGCCUGUUUUGCUGCUUCUGGACACAGACAACUUGCCAUCAUUGAUGGGAAAUGAAUUCUGAAUUAUUCUAGAAAAAUGUCAGGACAUCAGUAUGCGGUUAGCAUACCGCUCGUCGGGAUCCCGGUUGUCAAAAUACCGACCCUGGGAUUCCAACGGGGCACCAUACGGCCGCCAGUAUACCGGCAAGGUAGGUGAUUCCCCCUCUAUGGUUGUCCAUGACACCCAUGGAGAGAGAAUAGAACCUGUCGCCACCCAGCCCACAAGGGGCUUUGUUGCACUUGCCCCCCUACCAGCAUUCUACCGCUCGGGAUGCCGAUGUCGGUAUACUGACAUUUGGCAUCCCAUGCACAGUAGCUCAUACCGAACCCAGGACAUCUGUUCAUGAGCUGCGUCUCAAGAGAACGUGGGUCAUGUAACAAGACAUCGACCCAAAGCACACAAGUUAUUCGACCAAAGAAUGGUUAAAGAAGAAUAAAUGUAAUCCAAUUGAAAUGUUGUUGAAGGACCUGAAGCGAGAAGUUCAUAGGAUGAAACCCACCAACAUAAUAGAGUUGAAGCUGUUUUGUACGGAGGAAUGGGAUAAAGUUCCUCCAAGCUGAUGUUCAGGACUAAUCAACAAUUACAGGAAGAGUUUACAUGCAGUUAUUGCUGCACAAGGGGGUCAUACUAGAUACUGAAAGCAAAUGUUCACAUUCUUACUGUAUGCCGCUCACAGAUAUGUGAUAUUUGAUCAUUUUCCUCAAUAAAAAAAUGAGCAUGUCUAUUUUUUUUGUCUCACUUGUUUGAUUUGGUUCUCUUGUGUGAAAAUUUUAGGUAGUUUUAGAUCAAAUUUCAGUACAAAUAUAGACAAUUCUGAAGAGUUCACAAACUUUCAAUCACCACUGUACCUCACAGCUAUCCAGAUUUAGACGGAUGGUCACAUUCUGUGACGCUGAUAUCCCCCUGAUAAGGACAUUUAUUCCAGCUGUUAGAAUGUUAGGAUGUAUCUCUCACUGACUACGGCUACAUGCAAUAAUAUGAGGUGUUUCAGGAGUGGGAAGCAGCCUAGCACUUCAGAAGCUCUAUGCAUAGCCACGGGGAGAGGUGACAUACCCCCAUCGUGGCAUGGCCAGUACCCUUUUUCCAUGUUGUCCCAAUUCCAAAAACUUAUUUUGAGAGGUAUGAUUAAGGACAUUUACUGAAUAAGAAUGACUACAGUGUGUUUAUGAACACUACCACCUGUCUGUGCCUUAAAAAUUGAGGUAAAUAGAAAAUGCGUAUAGUUGUGUCCUGUAUAUAUGCUAUACUUUAUGAACAAUGUAAAUUAAAUCUAUCAAUUUAAAUUUUCAGGCUGGUUAUUAAUUAUGUCUACAAAAUGAAAAAGCCACUGUAGAUAUUCUUUUUAAUAGCUGUGACGCUAUUAAGAAGACUGGUCAGAUGGAAUUUGUAGUGGUAAGGGUGCUGUCUGUCAUAUCUUAUAUGAGUAUUCUUACGGAGAGGACACAAGGUCCAAAAGACACUGCACAGGCAUAGAAAAACCAAUUAAGGAAUAUUAAUGAAACCAACCAU